UUGGCACUUUCUUCCUUGACUUUCUUCAGUAAGUGUGCCAAACCUUUGCUAUUUUCUGCUAGUAGUAUGGUGUCAUCUGCAUACCUUAAAUUGUUGAUAUUCCUUCCUCCAGUUUCCACACCAGCUUUGCAUAUGAUAUGUUCCACAUACAGUGUUAAACAGAUAUGGUAAUAAAAUGCAGCCUUGCCUGGUUAUUCUGUUUCUCCACAUUCUGUUGUAACACUGGCUUAUUGUGCUGAGUACCAGUUACCCAUUAGGAUAACCUGGUCCACAUAUUUCUUUAAGACUGAUCCAUAAGUUUUCAUGAUUUACACAACCAAAGGCUUUGCUAUAAUCUAUAAAAUGUAUUUAACAUAUGUUUGCAAUAUGAUCUCUAGUGCCUCUUCCUCUUCUGUGCUCAGCUUAGACAUAUGGAAUUUCUUGCUCCGUUUAUGGUGGUUACUGCAAUCCCUGGUGUCCCGUUUCUUGGUGACUGGAAUGACAAUUUCCAGUCUGUGGGUCAUUCUUUUGUUUUUCCUAUUUGUUGAUAGAUUUUAGUGAAAAUUUGAGUGGAUUCUUUUACAUGAAAUAGCUCUGUUGGUACAUGCAAUAGCUCUCUUGAGCUCUUCCCUGAGGAGAAGGCAGUUCCUAAGAGGGAUCAAGGUCCUGUGAAUUGAUCCCAACAACCGUUUUAAGUAGAGUGCAGUUUAAUACAAUUAAAGAUUUACUCCAUGCUAUAAAGACCUGAGUGUCAACUGUCAGAGUUAAGUUCCCUUCCUGACCUUUGAGAAGGAACAAUGGCUCUUCCCCCUCCACUGUGCACCUUUGUCCUCUGGGGGUUUCUUCUUUUCAUCUCUUCUCAUUCUGCAGAAUGUGGGAAGCUCCUAGUGCUGCCUAUGGAUGGAAGCCACUGGCUGAGCAUGAGCAAGGUAUUGAAGGAGCUGAGUCUGAAGGGACAUGAAUUAGUAGUUGUAGUGCCAGAAACAAGCCUACUUUUGAAAGAUUUCUCAUAUACCAGCAAGAUAUAUCCAGUACCUCACACACAAAAGGAACUGGAGAAAGUUUAUCGGGAAUUUGGGCAUUUGCUUUUUGAUGAUGGACCUUUCCUGAAGAGAGUUCUUCGGAAACAUGAGAGUAUAAAACAAUUUAUUAGCAUGAUGUACACCACCUGUCGUUACUUAUUGUACAAUGAGGACUUGAUGAGUUAUAUCAAUAAGUCUCACUUUGACGCGAUUCUUACAGCUACCGCAGUACCCUGCGGAUCAAUAAUUUCUGAACAUUUUUCAAUUCCGGUGGUGAAUUUUUUGAGAGGGAUAGCCUGCAAUUUGGACUUGAAAGCAGCUCAAUGCCCAAGCCCUCCUUCAUUUGUUCCUAGCUUUUUUACCUCUUUUACGGACAACAUGACGUAUCUUCAGCGUGUGGCCAAUAUGAUAGUUCGAUCACUGGAUUUUUUGCUUUGCAAGUAUGUGUAUUCUGACUUUGACCAUUUAGCUUCUGAAUUUCUUCAAAAAGAUGUCACCAUUCUAGACCUCCUUAACAAUUCGCCCAUUUGGCUGCUGAGGUACGAUUUUGUAUUUGAAUAUCCCAGACCAGCAAUGCCCAAUAUGGUUUUUAUCGGAGGCAUCAACUGUGUGCAGAAGAAAAACUUAUCUCAGGUAACGCAAGCUUAAAUAGAAAUUUUCAGUGAAUAUUUCCCCUUAGGCUAACUUUACUGAGUGAGUACUCAGUGAUACAUUGAGGGGGGAAAUGCUGUUUUCAGAAGUAACUGGCAGCAGUUUCCUUGCCUGCUUGAGACACACAUGUGUAUGAAUGCUGAAAUAGACAUGUCCUGUCUGUGUUGUGGGAGGGAGACACUUCUGGAAAACCAGCUCACAAGUAGUAUUAUACUGGUAUUAAGGGAAUCACUUCCCUCUAUGGAUGGCUAUGGCUCUAUUUUGCUGUAGGACAAGUGCCUGGCACUCUGUAACAGUUGGCCCAGAAGUUAGCACAUUACUAAAACACACAGGAGCAACAUGUAUGCUACAAGUGUUUAGUCUCAGAAUUUGAGUGUUGUUGGAUGGUACUCUGAAAUAAAUGAAAGACACGGAAAUAGUUUCCCCUUCAAAAAGGAGCUGGAUAGAGAAAGAAAACAAAAAGGCAAUUUACAGGAUAGAAAUUGAAAGCUAUCACUUUCUGAAUGGGGGAUGGAGAAAAUAAGUGAGGUGUGGAUGAACCAAAGGAGGCUGUGAAUUGAAACCCAAAACACACUGCAGAAACAGUCCAGCUUGAGGCCACUUUAACUGUCCUGGCUCAGUGCUAGAGAAU